CAUUUGAUCUUCCAGUUAGCCUUGUAUACACUUCUAGUUCUACAGUCCUUUAUGGCCUAGCUGCUGAUUUGAAUGGUGAGUUUUGCACAGUCAGUAAGAUUUGAUAAUAAUUGUGUUGCAACUUUAUAUUGUGUUUAUUCAGGACAAAUUUUUCUUUAUAAUUCCUUUGGCCUGCUUUUGAGCUCCUCUUUUCCAUAACUGGUAAGCAAACCCAACAAACCAAGUUUCAGAAUACCGUAGAGCUCUCACUGUCUUUUAAUAAGACACAUGCUACCUCUGAUCCAUGACUAAAGCUAAGUGAUUAACACAGUUUAUAUCAGAAUUCAGUGUUUGUACUUCUCCACACCUGAAUAUUCUUGGAGAUUGCAUCAGGGAGACCUGGGGCUUCUUUCCAAGGCAUUGAGGAUCUCUCUUUCCUAUCAAAAUUACAUUCUUUAAAAUUUUCAGCCUUUUUUAUUAGAUCAUCCCUGUAUUUUUCCCUGCUCUGUGAUGGUCCAACCAGAUGAUCUCUCCUGAUUACACUAACCAACUGCAGCACAAAUUGUUCUGUGCCUGGCAAUCUUCUUUAGCCAAAUUAGCUCAGCUGGCGUCAUUCAAACACUAGUUCUAACCAUCUGUUCAGACAACCCAAGAAAGUAGGUGUCCUUCCCACAUCCUAGUACAAAGAGUGAAAACCAGCAAGCCAUGUUGAUGAGACUGUUCAUGAAAUCAAUUCAGAAGUGAUACAGUAGGAAUUUCCCCAAAUUGCCAAACUCUGUUUCUGUAAAUAUUUUAAAAUAUAACAACUUCAAGACCUAAGAAGUAUUAUGAGAAUAUGUACAAUAAUUACCUAUUUUCAAAAACAAACCAAAAAAAAACCCCAAAACCACCCAUGUAGCAUUUCACAGUUUAUUACCUGUGUAACGUUGGGGGCUCUUGUUCGGAGUAUUGUCCUGUGUGUUAACAUACAGCACGUAGGUGCCCUAAGGAGGCCUUGCUAUAGCUAUAACACCUCUUCCCUUUUUUGUCUCACCAAUGAAUUUAUCUCCCUGUGAAGUCUUGCAGAUAACCAUAUGAUUUGGUAUCUUAUGGUCUUAUAGUCUUUAUUUAUUCUGGCUUUACGUGCAUGGAAUGUAAUUGACAUGGAUUUAUAAAUAGUAACUAUGUAAGGUCAGAAUCAGACGCUGUUUACAGAGCAAUGCAAAAUAGUGUUAAAAAGACCUGAAAAGCAAAACAAUGCCAUGCUUGUAUUAGGGAUAUGUACCAGUUCUGAUAAUAUCCUGGUUGUGUAAAGGAAAUGAAAGAACUCGAGGUAAGCAAUUAAAACAUUUGUGUUCUUUAUAUAUAUUAUAAACAUAUAUUUUAGAUAUUUCUAUUAUAUAGGAAUUUAUUUCUGUUCUUGUCAGCUCUUAGCCAACAGUAGAGCAGGGUCUCAGCCCUGCUUGUCUCCUUCUGUUGUACUUUUUUUUUUUUGGAGGCUUGCCACACUUACUUAGGUUGCACUGGCAAAAGAAGUUGCAGUGAAUAUUAUUUAUCAUCAUUAAAUGGUUUUCUUGAUCUUGUGUCCAAAGACGAGAUGCAUGUAGUGCCUUAGUUAAGCUUACAGUUUUAUGGUUCUAUAAAUGCAAGUGAAUCAUGGGGCAUGGAAGAGUUCACAGUGUACAAUUUCGUUUCAUCAGAACAAUUAAAGAUAAGUUGAAAGUUUGUUGUUUCACUUUGUUAUGUUCCCUUUUUUUUCCUGUUAAUUUUGGUAAAGAUAGUAACUAAUUGGUUAAAACCAAAAGAAGACAGAGGUAUUGCAUCAGUGAUACCUAUGCCUAGCUAGAGGAAAAAAAAAAUACCCGUCUUCUUCCCCAUCCCAUGCUUGCAAUUUAACUUACUGGGUACUGCUAUUCUUGAUGUUACUAUUGGGUUAUUCUGCUUUUGCAUCACUGCUCUCUGUGGUGCCAUGCCUCCUGCUUCUUUGUCUAAUUUCAAGUUAUUAAAUCUAGUCAAAUAAGUACCAUAAUUGGCUGUCAUUGAAUCUAUAAAGCUUUGCAUCGUAUUGGCCUCGAGAGAGAGAUUAGUGUUUGGUGACGUAAUAUGGCAGGAUCUACAACUAGUUAAAGGCUAAACCUUCUCAGAUUUGUUAUAAUUUAUGUAAAUACGUUACCAGAUUUUGUUAAUGUAGCCCUUGAUACUAAGCUGGCAAAUAAUUUAUUCUCUUAAUGAGAGUCGUUGAACCAAUGAGGGCACAGAUAAUCUUAUUAUACCAUCCAGACCUCGUGUUACAUUUGACGAGAUUUUAGAGAAGUCAUGUGUAAUACUUUCCUGUGGGUCGAGUCCGCUUAUGUUACAGUUGUACAAGGUCAGACCUUAAUUUAUCUAGCAACUGCGUAUUUAAUUUUAGAAGUAUCACAGGACACAUCAGCUUGCAGGGCACCAUUCCUGGCUGUUCAAAAUGCAGGCCCCAGAGUAACAGUGGCAAGAUAAUGGGUUGAAAAGGUGAGAAUAUAUGGUAUGGUCGCCAAUUAGACUAACAGAGAAAUCGUUUAAGACUGUAAUAUUUAAUAGACUGAGUCCAAACUUAGACUAUUAAUUAUUUUAUUGCUAUGAAUAACCUCUUUGCAUGCCUGAGGGCCUUCUAUUUAUAGAGAGCAAAGCUAGGAUUGUCUAGUUUAUUUUAAGGAUAAGAAAUUAGAAUAACAUUAACACUCAUGUAACUUUAACUUUAUACCUAUGUGUUUAAAAGUGAUGAACGCUCGAUACUCUUCUUCCCAAGCAAAGACGGAGCUUCCAUGAUUAGCAAGUAGCUCAGAUUUUUUUUCAAUGAAAAAACUAACUUCAUUUAAGAGAGCAAAACUUUUCUUUUUUUAAGGAAAACUGUGAGUAGCGAUACCUUGUUUUUCAGGCAUAAAUGGACAAAAUAUCAAAAAAAUCAGACUACUCAAAAUGUUAUUUAAGGAAAAUGUUCUCAGUAAUACAAAAAGUAAAGCUUGUUUAGAGUUAAGCACUUGAAAUUGUUUCUAGUGUUAUAGCGCCUGGGUCUGGUAAUUGCGAAACUUCCAUAGGUGAAUGGAAAAAGGUUUUGCUGCUGAGCUUUUUUAGCCUUUUUAUUGCCACGUCAUGUAAUGUAGCAGGGAUGUCUCUGCUGCUGUUCCAUGUACCAGCCAUGCUGUUGUAUUCCACUGUGAUCCUAGUGGAACAUCCACGCUUCAGUCAGACCUUGUCACCUCAGCACAGCGUAUAACCAGCAGCGAUACAGCAAAUCAGGCUCUUGAAGCAUAUAUAGACCCCUGGCAAUGUGUCCAGCACUUGUGCCACGGUGAGCUGUUUGCCUUACGCUUACUUUACCAUGUCACAGUCACUUGCUACCUUAUUAAGUUUCUCAUUUUAUAAUAUAUUAUGAAUUUUUGUGGGAUACGAUAAUUUGAAAACAGUACACACAACAAAUCUGAAACACUGCUUAUCUGAGACCUUUCUGGUUAAGUCUGUGUUCAAGCAGAGCUUUAUGUUGCCUGUGGCAUAAUCAGUCUGGGGAAUACAGCAAAGCAGGAGUUAGUUGACCAAAUGGGUAUGGAAGGUAUAUGACCAGAGAAAAGAAAACAAGUUUCUGUGAUGACUUCUAAACUGAUUUCUUCCUCUGAUCUUUUGGAGAGAAAGGGGAGGUAGAAAGUCAAGACAUUGUUCUGAAAAUGAAAGUAUUUUCUUACUAAAUGGCUAUCCUGCAAGAUGCUCUGUGCUCUUAACUCUUCUUGGAGUCAGUGAUGUCGGAGGGUACUGAUCACAUCACAGGACUAAACCAUACGUGAACACCUUCACAAAGAUACAGUAAUCUACCAAAACAGCCUUCUUGCAGAGUUUGCAGCGUGAGGGUCUAACCUAAGGCCUAUGUAAGUCUUCAGGAGUCUUUUUGGGUCAGGCUCUAGGGUAAGUAUAAUAAUGAUGGGCUGUAAUGUAAUAAUAUUCAGUCUCAAUUCUUCGAAGGACCGCAACUUCAUUAGGGCUUGCAGGGCAUGAAGAUCUAUCCAUGUAGAUAUGAGAGGGUCAGCAUGAUUCAUAAAAAAUGCUUCAAAAACUUCAGCAAUGGCAUGAAGUCUUCAAAUGAAGGGUUUCCAAAACAUAAGGAAAUGUGGGAAGAAAGGGAGGAUAGCUUCUGUUUGCCUUUAAGCUGCUGUGGGGGAAACAAGAGCUUAUGAAAGUUACACAUUUUUCCUUAAUAAAUUAUCUUACGUAAAUGAACUGUUUAGUCUCAUGAGGAGCACCUCCUGUCUGCCAGUGAAGUGUUAAUUUAUUCUAAAAUGUACUUCCCUUUCAGCUGACGGCAGGGACAGAUUGUAAGUAUUUUUAUUGAGAUACACUGCUGAAACUGCUAGUCAAAGAGGGGUUUUAUCUCUGCUGUCUAAAAGGUUUGUCAGCUUUCACAACUGUAUAUUUGUGGGUUAAAUGGUGGAAGCUUUAAGGUGCCAUCAAAAAAUGUUUAUGAAAAUGAGAAGAUAAACACACCUUGACUUGGAAUUCUCCUGCCUGCCAACCAAGUGCCAAUAAGAGCUGAGGAAGAGAGCCUCAGUUUCUUAAUCUUAUUGUUGAUGAGGAAAAUUUCACAUUCUGGUUAAUAAGAAACUCAUGGCAGCAUUUAGAAAAAAAUGGUCAGCUGCUUUGUUUUGUUUAGCUUUUCGAAAUUUCUAUGGUUUGUAUUAUACUUUGGAAGUUUGACAUGGGAUACCUUCGUUUCUGCAUAAAGCAAACUAUAUUAAAAAAAAAAACCACAUGCCUCUUACUAACUUGGUUUUACUGCAGCAAACUUGAUAGGCUUUCAUAAGCUUGUUUUGAUAAUAAGGGUUUCAGAGCAUCGUUAUCAUUGUUUUUUAGAAUUACAGAGAAGUUCGUAUUGUCCAUCCUGUCCAACAGAAUAUCAGUAAGUCGACGUUCUCUGUCAUUUCAGGCAUCCUUUUUUGCCUGAAAAGUUCUACCUAAACAGCGUGCCAAAAGAUAACUUCCAGAACUUCUGAGCAUUAAUAUGAUGUGCAGCAGAUUUAACGCUAGGUAGUGUCUGAAAAGUUUUGGUACGUGUGUCUGCAUUGCACUGACCAGUUCUUCAGUCUAGCUUGUGUGUGAAAUCUGGUUUUGGACUGUUACACUGAAGCCUUGGUUAGAGAUACAGAAGGAGGGAGCAGAGAACCCUUGAGACAAGCAGCCUGUUAUGAACAGAGUGAAGGUCUGUUCUUCUAAGCCAAAACAGAAAAUGUGUCCAUGAUUUUUUUUUAAAUUUUUUGUGGAAGUUGGUUUGCAGUCAGAGGUGGCAGUCAGGACCAAAGUUGUAUAUUUUUUCCUUCAAAGAAACUGGGACCGAAGCAGGGAUUUUUUCUGCUUUCCUGCAGAUUGUCCAUCCUUGCAGAUAAACACUUGGGCCAUGGUUCUAGUACAUAUUGAAAGAGGAGGGAAUCUUCAUUAUGUGGGAAUCUGAAUCCAAGAGACCUUUAGCUUGUGAGUCAAUCUGACUCUAAGCCCCUACUAAUUUAAUUUUGUUUUGCAAGCUUUAUCAUAAUCUACUAAGUAGUAAAGUAUUUGUGAAUGGGAUUAUAUAUAAUAUUGGAUGUGGUACUUUGACUUAUUAUUUACUGGGACAAUGCAGAAAUUAGUCUAAAAAUAAUUCUGGUUAGCACUUUCCUUUGAAGAUCAUUUUCAGAAAAUGGCCUCUAAAUAAUGUCUACAAUGUUCCUUCUCUAUUUGUGGAAUGACUAGAACACCCCACGAUGAUCCUUGCGCGUCCUUUCCAGCUCAGGGCAUUCUAUGAAUCUGUGAUUGUUCUGUGAGAAACAUACAACAGAUGCUUAGUGUAAAUGUUUAAUAUUUGUGCAACCCUUUGACAAUGGCAGGUAUUCUGUGUGGUGCAUAUGGUGAACUACUGCAUAAACUGUGGGAAUAGCAGUUUACUUGUUUGGUUUUUGUUGGUGUUUUUUUUUUUUUUAAAUCAACAUUUGGUGUCCAUAGUCUGAUUAAGGACCAAACAUGUUACACUGCUAAGAUUGAAUCGGAGAAAUUCUGGCAAAACCCAACGCUCACCUGUAUAGGUAGGUACAGUUAAGCAUAUAUUAACUUAAGUUUUUAUUCCUGAUAUGACUUUUAUGAUAGCUAAAUACCACAUUUUACACUUCAAGAACCUGCAGGAAGAUGGUGUAAAAAGGAAUAUUCCUGACCUUCCAGUUACCAUUCCCUAGCAAGGCAUUUGGUUGAUGCGAUAUCACUAGCAAAAGGCAUAGUGAACAUAAGCCACAGCUAAAGCUGGUGAUACAAGCAGACUGGAUUUAAGCUGGUGACUAUAGUUAAAAGGUUUGACAUACUCCGUUACUGAGUCUUCCAACUGCUCUCACAGCUUGAAAACAGUAACUGGCGCAGCCUGACCAUCAUCCGAGCUCGUGCACUGAACUCCUGGGAAAAACCCAUGAAACUUCCUAUCCGCGGAAGUAGCACAGAGGCGCGAAGUCUUUACUCUGCUUUGAUAGACUAUGCCUUGGCAGUGCAAAAGUAAAGCAAGAUUUGCAAGUGGGGUUUGGGGUUUUUUCAAUGUAUUAAUGAUGUCUGAAAGUGAUAAUUAAUGACGUAGGACCAUUGUGAUGUUUGGCUGUACAACUACCUAUCUGUGAAGUCCAAAAUCUUAUACGUUAUUAUAUUAACAUAAAAUAGGUUCUGUAUUUGGUAUCCUCUGUCUCGAAUCCCUGAUUUAUCCUACCCAUCCAUGCUGGGUUCAGCUUCAGGAGAGGGGGGGUGAAUACAGGUUACAGCUGAAAACUUUUCUAGUAAAGUUUUUUUUUUUUAAUUCAGAACUGAAUGACACGUCACCGCCUAAACCAUAGUGAUGUGCCGUGGGAUUUCUCACACUGAAAUCCUGUGUCCACAUGGCACUGGUUGGUGGAUCCAUCCUAUGUCUGCUCCCAGUGCCAUAUUGGGUGAAGGAGGUAGGGAGAAAAUCCUCUCCCCCCAUGCAAAAGAGUCAAGUUAGUUCGUAGCUUCUCUGAAAUAAUUUGAUGUUUGCUUAAAUCCUGAGUAAGUACGAUGUGUGAUCACUCUUAGAACUGGUCCUGUGUUUCGUUCUGAACUGCAGACCCUCUCUAAAUAAUUCUGAAACAAUUUGAAUGUUUUUAUUUUUUGAGUCUAUAAUUCUUAAAUGUAUAUAUGUUUGCAUUUACGUUCAUUAGUUCUUUGUGAAUGCCUGUGUUUGAUUAGGAAUAAUUCAUGAGGCGAUAACUUUGUUUACUGUUCAUUAUUCAUGCUUGUAUGGAAAUAAUAUAUUCACCGACUUGAUGACCACAGCUUUCUAAAGAGGAAAAGUCUCUUUUUAUGAUUCACAAAUUGUCCAGUAUUUGUCUGUAGAUGACAAAUGUAGUGUCUGAACAAUAAAAAGAACUUUUCCGAAAUGGUGUGAGAAGUACUAAAUGUUUCCAGGGUUGUUUUCUUUUCUAUCACCAUUUUUAAACAGGAAUUUUAUCAUUUUAAAAUAGGAAUAAACUCACCAAAACAUUGUUAAAUUAAAAGAAAUUGAUGGCAACACUGGAUUUUAUUACAAAAAAUACCUUAAGCAGGAUAUGAUCCUUUACACAAUGUUUUUGUGUGUAUUUCAAAAUAGCUCACCAUAAAAAAUGGUGGAUGAAAGAGAAGACUUGGUUGAAGAUCUGCUUACUGAGUAUGCCAUACAGCUUAGCAUUCAAGAAUCAAAUGGGGCCAAACCGCCAGCGUCUUCCAGCUAUAAUGACAGUUUUGUACCACCAAGUGAGGAAAAUAGGAAAAUUGUUACAUCUAUAAAGCAAGGUCGAGUAUUUGGGCUCCAAGAACUUGUGAAACAGAAAUAUGCUUUGGAUGAAGCUGAUGAAAGAGGGUGGUUUCCACUGCAUGAGGCUGCAGCUCAGCCAAUUCUGCAAAUACUUGAAAUCAUUUUAGAUGCGUCUUAUAAAACAAUGUGGGAAUACAAAACGUGUGAUGGAGAAACACCAUUAACUUUGGCAGCAAAAGCUGGCUUUGUGGAAAAUGUACGAACGUUACUGGAAAAGGGCGUUUGGCCCAAUACCGCAAAUGACAAAGGAGAAACUCCACUUCUCAUUGGUGGAGAUGUCCAGGCCUUAGCAGAUGAUGGUGCAUCGAUACUGUUUGAAGCAGCCGGAGGAGGUAAUCCAGACUGCAUAGGCCUUCUUUUGGAAUAUGGAGGAAGUGGCAACGUGCCUAAUAAGGCAGGACUGCUUCCAAUACACAAAGCUGCCUAUGAGGGGCAUUACCUGGCCCUGAAGUAUCUCAUUCCGGUCACAUCCCAAACUGCAGUCCAGAAAAGUGGGUUAAGCCCUGUUCACUCUGCAGCAGAUGGCCAGAAUUCGCAGUGCCUAGAGCUCCUCAUUGAAAAUGGUUUUGAUGUCAAUACUCUGCUGGCUGAACACAUUUCGAAUAGUUACGAUGAUGAAAGGAAAACUGCACUUUAUUUUGCUGUUUCUAACAAUGACAUUCUUUGCACUGAAAUAUUGCUCAAAGCAGGGGCAAAUCCAAACAAGGACCCUUUAAACUGUCUUCUUGUGGCAGUGAGAGCUGGCAACCAUGAAAUUGUAAGGCUGCUCCUAUCUUACGGAGCAAACGUCAACUGCUACUUUAUGCUGGUUAAUGAUACUCAUUUCCCCAGCGCCAUUCAGUAUGCUUUGAACGAUGAGGUGAUGCUGAGGCUGUUGCUCAAUCAUGGAUAUAAUGUGGAGAUGUGUUUUGACUGUAUGCAUCAAGAUAUCUUUGGAAAUUCUUUUGUGUGGUCAACUCCAGAGGAAGAGAUUCUCCCCGGGUGGACUUCUUCUGUAAUAAAGGAUAACCCAUUCUGUGACUUCAUUGCUGUUCCUUGGUUGAAACAUUUAGCAGGAAAAGUGGUUCGUGUUUUUAUAGAUUACAUGGAUUAUGUUCCUCUAUGCACAAAAAUUAAGUUUGUCUUAGAAACACAGAAAGAAUGGACAGAGAUACGUCAGAUACUGGAUAAUCCUCGCCCAUUGAAACAUCUGUGUCGCCUGAAAAUACGUAAACUCUUGGGGUUAAGGAGACUCCAGAAACUGUCAUCCAUGAAGAAGUUUCCACUUCCACCAGUUCUCAAGAACUAUAUCCUAUUUAAAGAGUAUGAUCUGUAUGGAAAAGGGAUACAUUUAGAAUAAUUUUUAAAAAUAACUGCAUACAGUCUGUAAUUUGACUCAUUUCCUCACUGUUUUUUUUUUACUAGCUAAAGAGCUGCUUGGUGUUUCCUAUACAUUCACCACGUUCUGAUAUUUGUCGUUCAUAGUUCUUUUAUGGGAACAAAUUUUUUCUUCCAAAAUUAAUACAUUAAAGCUCAUGUUUUAACACAA